CAUUUGCCUUAUUAAAAAUAGUCCAAAUCGAUCGGAUGCGCUAAGCAGUGACCACCAAUAAUGACAAUGCUGAUGAUGGAACGGAUUAUACACAAGAAUCAAGAGCCCGCGGAGAAGGAACGGUCCCCUUUGCACUCGACGGAGUCGCAGAUCUUCCUCCAGCCGAAGAGGAUAUCUGACGAUUCGCGGGAUGCCGAAAUGUGCGAUAAGAACUGCGACAGCGAGGAAGAGCUCAACGUGGACGUGGAGAACGACGACACGCUGUGUCCGGUCGACCUGACGCGGAGGCAGGACAAGUUCACGUCCUUCGAGAACUUGAUUCCUUCGACCAAGACUGAUUCGAGUAGUGAUUUCAUUAGUUUUAAGGAUAUGAAGCGAGCGGAGAGUGUUUGUAGUGACGAUGUUAGUCGGUCGGAGAGUCCGAGGGAUCAGAGUCCGUCGGUUGUGCCUCACCAGAAUCGCAGACUAGCCUUUUCCGUCGAAAAUAUUUUGGACCCUAAUAAGUUCACGGGACGACAGGGGGUUUACAGUGACGGGAUUUGUUGUUGGAAACCGCACCACGACGGAUCGAGGGGGUCGCCGGACUACGACGACAGCGAAACAGGCAAAGAUCAUCACUCGGACGAAGACGACGAAAUCCAAAGCGACAUCAGCGAAGACAUCAAAGACCCCAACGUGAAGAAAAAGAAGUCCUCCGACUCCAAGUCCCAAAACACGGGCAAACCCCGAAGAGCGAGGACCGCCUUCACGUACGAGCAGCUCGUAGCUUUAGAAAACAAGUUCAAAACCACACGUUACCUCAGUGUCUGUGAAAGACUGAACCUAGCUUUAUCGUUAAGUUUAACGGAGACGCAAGUGAAAAUUUGGUUCCAAAAUCGGAGGACGAAGUGGAAGAAGCAGAAUCCCGGGAUGGACGUCAACUCGCCCACCGUUCCUCCGCCGAACGUCGGCACUGGCGGCGGGUUUCCCGGAUUUCCGGGACACCACACCCAUUCCGGGUUAUUAUAUUCGCAUCAUGUACCGUACGGGGGUGUUUACCCUCUUCAAGCGACGAGUUCGGGGAGCUAUGCGCCGUAUUUUCACUUAGCCAAUCACGGCCAUAAUUUAGGUUCUUGAAAGUUGAAAUAGCAAGAGCUAUGAUGAUCUCGACGGUGCAAUAAGUACUUAGUUUAAGGGUCGUUCCGACGGCGAGGGAAAUGCGCCGGAACUC